AUGAAGCUUGUGACCAGUGGUUUUGCUGCUGUCGCGUAUAUAUCCGCUAUCCGAACCGGUCAAGAUCUCAAAACGAACGAGGCAUUCCUUAUAUCGUACGCAGCCGUUGCGUUGUAUUAUUCUGCUGGCUUACUCCCCGAUCCGGACGGCCCUUUCAGCCCAAGCACUCCCCAUUUCUGCGCUUGGAUUGUGGGAGCCAUGUUCGAAGGGCUCUUAUUGUCCUAUUUCUGGCGGGGGUUCGGUGAUUCCUACGUAUGGUAUAUUGCACUAGGUGCUGCAAGGUCGAGCACACUCAUGGCCAUGCUUUUCGCAUAUGUAUUGACUCAAUGGGACUAUGCUUCGAGUGAACAAAAAGAGGAAGAGACGGAAAGCCUCCUCACCGCGAAUGGGCAUGACUCCCCCAGCUACGAUGCCAUCAACAGAAAGGUCCACUUACUCGAAAAGCCAGUCGGGCGAGCAAAAGCAGGCUGGUUGGGCUAUUUCAUCGGCUUCCGCAUUCUGUUCCCUUACAUUUGGCCAUCCAAUUCUUUCAAGGAACAACUCAUCUUCCUUGCGAGCCUGAUUCUUGUCAUCGCGCAGAGAGUCAUCAACAUCUUGGUCCCAUGGCAGCUCGAGAUCUUGGUCGGAUCCCUUGGACGGGGCAGCAUGCCGUACAAGAACAUCGCAGUCUAUGUUGUCUGCCGAGCCCUUCAAGGGCAGCAAGGGAUUCUUGGCUCAGUACGCGCCAUUCUGUGGAUCCCAGUCAGUCAGUCACUCUUCCGGAGGCUGACAUGUGCCGCAUUUGAGCACGUUCUUGGAUUAUCGCUUGAUAUGCAUUUGAGCAAGCGCAUUGGUGAAGUUAUGAGUGCACUAAACAAGGGGAGCGCACUUAACACCUUCCUCGAUGGCUUCGCCUUCCAGCUGUUUCCUAUGGUGCUUGACCUAGGCAUAGCGGCGGUGUAUUUUCUGGUCAGAGUCGAUGCAUUCUACUCGCUAAUUAUCAUUGGAGUCAUGUGGAGUUACAUCUACAUGACGAUCUAUAUGGCUCAGUGGCGUGCGAGAGCUCGACGAGAGAUGGCCAAGCGGGAUCGAGAGAUGGAUGCGGCGAAGAUGGAUACCCUGAUGUCUUAUGAGACAGUUCACCAUAACGGUGCGGUUUCGCUGGAGGCGGACAGGUUUGGUUCCCACGUUGAAGCCUACCAGAAAUCCGAGUUUCUGGUACUCUUUUCCCUCAACUUCUUAAACAUCACACAGAACAUGGUCCUAACACUCGGCAUUCUUCUGGUGGUUCUCAUCUCUGCCUUCCAGAUCUCUUUAGGGAUCCACACGGUAGCCAUGUUCGUUGGGAUCCUGGGCUAUUUCACUCAGCUUCAAGCCCCGUUACAAUUCUUCGGCAGCUUUUACAACCAAGUUCAGACGAAUCUUAUUGAGGCGGAGCGGAUGUUAGACCUGUUCAAGGAGAAGCCUGCUAUUGUUGACUCUGAAAAAGCUGUUGGACUGCUAUACUGUUCGGGGUGGAUAUCGUUCCAUAACGUCGCCUUUGCGUACGAUCCUCGGCAGCCGACACUUCGCGACGUAUCGUUUACCGUUAACCCAGGGACCUCAACAGCAAUCGUAGGUGAAAGUGGAAGCGGCAAGUCAACAUGCCUGAAGUUGCUCUAUCGUUUUUACGACGUCAUCGAUGGCUCAGUUGUGAUUGACGGUUUGGAUAUUCGGAACCUCAAAAUGAGCAGUUUCCGGAAGCACAUCGGGGUCGUUCCGCAAGAUACCGUCCUAUUCAAUACCACGAUAAUGUACAAUCUACAGUAUGCUAAGCCUGACGCGGCGCCAGAGGAGGUAUAUGAAGCAUGUCGCGCUGCAAGCAUCCAUGACAGAAUUCUCAGCUUUCCGGAAGCAUACGAGACGAAGGUUGGGGAGCGCGGAUUGCGACUCUCUGGAGGAGAGAAACAAAGGAUUGCUAUCGCACGAGCGAUUCUUAAGAAUCCUCAAAUCAUAUUGCUGGACGAGGCCACAGCAUCUCUGGACUCGCAAACAGAGCAGCAGAUACAGGGUGCACUGGAAUCUGUCACCAAAGGCCGCACCACCAUCACGAUAGCGCAUCGAUUGUCUACGAUCACAAAGGCUGACCAGAUCUUGGUCAUGCAUCAUGGUCAAAUUGUUGAGCGAGGCAGACAUGAGGAGCUGUUACAGCUUGAUGGGAGAUAUAGGCAGAUGUGGGAGAAGCAGACAACAAUCAGUGAUCCUCAAAACGUCGAGUGA